AUUUUUUAUUUUUUUAUUUUCAAUUCCGUGUUUUGCCAGGAUGAGGUGACGGAGCAAGUGCACAGAUUAAUAAAAGUGUGUAAUUAUUGUACAUGCAGUGAAAUACCUGAUGUUGAUGGAACACAUUUGGUUUUAAAUAUUCAGUGUUCUGAGCUAGACAAAAUUGAAAAUCUGGCUGAUUUAGACAAGAUACAAUGGCCUGCUAACCCCAAUGGAUUGAAAAUUGCAGCCGCUUUCGAAGGGUUAGGACUUACCACUCUAGGCAAGCUACCUCCAAAUGCUCAAGUGGAAACGCUCAGAUUUAGCAACAAUGCCAUCAAGACGUACUGGCCAGACCCGUUUAGCGAUGUUCAAAAUCUGAAGAAAUUGUCCUUUUCCCAAAAUGAGCUAACUGGGAUAACGCCUGAUCUCUUCACUAAAAUAGCAGGAUUGGAGGAUUUAGAUCUCUCUUAUAAUAAAAUAACGGACAUAAGUCCUUUAGAUUUCAAAAACCUGCAUCAUGUCAAAAGAUUAAACUUGCAAAGCAACCUUUUAAAAAAAGUUCCUGUAGAGGCUUUACAACCAAUGAUUAUGUUAGAGGACUUGGAUCUUAGCAAGAAUGGUAUAUUCGACGUGAUGCUAAGAACAGUUGAAAGUGAAUCAAUAAAAAAAGUAACGAGGUUAAAUUUGAGCGGGAACAGAAUUCGAUCAAUUGGAAAAGAAUCCUUUCCUGAGAAUAAUAAUAUAGAACUCCUGGAUUUAUCUAACAACAUAAUUGAAGUAGUCGAAGAGGAUGCUUUGUUAUCCUGCAUUAAUUUAAGAGAACUGAACCUUGCGCAGAAUAAUAUAACAUUCACUUUUGCUCUACCACAGACUCUUCAAAUUGCUAUACUAAAGAUAAACACUUUAUACCAUUGGCCAAAAUUUCCAAGCAGUAUCACGUAUAUUGAUUUAUCAUACAACCGAUUAUCUGCGCUUUACAAUGAAAACAAUGUUGAUUUCAACAAUUUAGAGGUUCUAAGUAUCGGCGGAAACCAAAUAAAAGAUUUUCACAUUGAAAAUAAACUGCCAAAACUAUUUAGUUUAGAUAUAUCAUACAACCUUAUUUCAGACGUGCCAAAAUGUUUGAGCAGCCAAAUCUUUCCCAAUUUAGAGGAAUUGCGGUUAGAUGGAAACCCAAUAGAAACUAUUUAUUUUAAAAACAUUUUGGCACUAAAGACCUUAUACAUGAAUGAUUUAAACAAAUUACAUGUAGUCGAGGACAAGGCUUUCAGCAAUGUUAUCGGAAGGACUAGUGAGCUAAUGUCAGGGGAAAAGUAUUGUUUCACUCUUUAUCUGUCAAAUUGUGCGUCGCUGCACACAAUACAAGAGGGCGCAUUUGAUGGAACGUUUUUAUGUAUGUUAGACAUAAGCAAAAACAAUUUAACGUCUUUGUCUAAAACGUUAUUGGAAUGGUCGACGCUGUCAGAGGGAGCCAAUCUCCAGUUCAAUCCGUGGCACUGCUCUUGCGAACUACAGUGGCUGCUGGACGACCUACUACCUCAGAUGUACCGAGCCAAUUCUAGACUUCUUGCUGAAUUGAGAUGCGGGUCUCCACGGGCAUACGAGGGUCUACGACUCGUGCACUGGUACAACUGGACCGAGCAGGCGAUGUGCAAUGAUGACUACGAGUACAUGAGAGGCGGCCCGCAAGGCACCUACGUGAUACAAUCAAUGGACUCUGGUCCAAAGGUGACCUCUCUCACAUUAAUCCUUGUCGGUUGCAUCCUCGUCGCAUUGCUCAUUGCGAUCUCACUGUUCGUGUACUUGGUGAAGAGUCGGAGACGACAGAGGAUCAGGCAGGCUGCCUUGAACAGGAAGAGACAGAGCACGAGUGAUGAGAAAAAUUCGAAUGGUCUACAAAGAGAACAAUUCACUGCUUUGAACAAAACUUAA